CCUUUACAGUGUGCGUUACAAAAUACAGUAACUGAGACUAAUAACAAUUGCAUUCAAGUUAGAGCCAAAAAAAAAACUUGCAUCGAUUGUUAAUUAUGAAAAAAAGCUGAAGUCCCCAGUAAAUAAUUAAUUAGUUUCAAGACGAAACUUGAUAAAUAAAAUAUAAAUUUUAAUCAAAACGUUUACAUUUUAAAUGUACACAUACAAACAAAUUAUUUUAAAAUUUUAUUAUUAAGUUUUAAAAUUUAUUUUGUUUUGUUACUACAACAGUGGAGAUGCCUAUGGAGAUGAAUCAAAUUCGUUUCACAGAAAAUGAACAACCAGAAAGCUCAAAUCUUAUGCACGACAAAAUUAACCAGAAUGAAAGAAACAGAGAAGCGACUGAAGUUAAUUAUAAGCAAAGAUUUUCGCUCAAUGUAAGAAGGCAGGUUAUUGAAUAUUAUCGUGAUGAUCAACGUAAAUUUUGGCGCAUGUAUUCAACCAUGGCGAUUGUCUUUGUGCAAAUAAUUAUUUAUGUGUUUGACCAACAGAUAGAUAACAAACUAACUAAAAUAUUAGAAUUUCAACCAAAGAAUAAAAGAGAAGCAUGGCGAUAUUUGUCAUAUUCUUUCAUUCACAGCAAUUGGUUGCACUUAGUUGGCAAUUGUACCUUUCAAUUACUUGCUGGAGCUUUGCUGGAACCAUUAUACAGCGCAUUAAGAGUGUCAGGCGUAUUCGCAAUCGGUGUGGUUUCAGGAAGUUUAGUGCAAGCAGUUUUCAAUCAUGCGUAUGCUUUGUUGGGCUCAAGCGCUGGUGUUUAUGCAUUGAUGGUAUCUUUGGUUCCUAAUGUCUUUCUUAAUUGGCAGGAACAGUUGCAUGGUAAAUCUAAGAUUAUUUUAAUUAUUCUGUUCAUUAUAAAGGUAAUUUUGGAUUAUUUUAUGCCAGAAGGAUCAAGUAUUCCAGCACACUUAGCUGGUGUAUUUUCAGGAGUCGUAUUUGGGCUGCUUAUAUUUGAAAAUUAUCAGGUAGAGGCAUAUGAAAAAUGUAUUAUAAUAAUAGCGUGGAUACUAAGUAUUCUUUUCCUUCUAAUAUUUAUCGGUUUGAAUGUUUUGGAUAGAUAUACAUGAAUAAAUAUAUUAUAUUACACUA